AUGGGGUCUAUUCCAGCUGAGCAGAAACAUGCCAUUGGCUUUGUGGGCCUCGGUGCCAUGGGCUUCGGCAUGGCUUCGAAUCUUCUCAAAGACGGCUUCGACGUCACUGGCUAUGAUCUUAACCUGGCAACUCUAGAAAGGUUUGGCAACUUGGGAGGCUCAGUCGCAAAGACAAUUUGCGCUGCCAGCAAGGGCAAACCCUUGUUUUUUCUCAUGGUUGCCACUCCAGAACAAGUCGAUUCGGUCAUGUUCACUGACAAAGAUGGUGCCAUAUUUACACUACCUCAGAGAGCCAUAGUUUGCAUAUUUAGUACGCUUCAUCCCAGUUAUGUCACUGGCCUGCCUCAAAGACUAGCAGCCUACGGAAGGAGCGACAUCAGCUUGCUAGACUGCCCCGUAUCUGGUGGCAUGGUCGGAGCAAUCAAUGGUACCCUUAGCAUCAUGCUGGGUGGCGAUGAUUCGAUUAUUCAACAAGUGGAACCUGCACUGAAGGCGGUAUCUGCCCCUAAUCGUCUUUUUCGCUGUGGGCCUCUGGGUUCAGCUAGUGCUGUCAAGAUGCUUAACCAGCAUCUGGCGGGCAUUCAUGUCGUCGUAGCUGCGGAGACCCUAGCGUUUGCAAAGGCAGUGGGUCUUAGUUCAAGAGAUGCUCAUAAGAUUCUCAUGGAAUCUGCUGCUUCGAGCUGGAUCAUGGGCGACCGUGGCCGGAAUAUGCUUGACGCUAACUGGACCCCGAGGUCAGCUGUUUCCAUCUUUGUAAAGGAUAUGGGCAUCGUAAACGAAGUCAGUGACCAACUGGAAUUCUCAUGCCCCAUAGCCUCGGCCGCAUAUCUCGUUUUUCUAGAGAGACUUGCCCGCGGAAAUGGCGGUCUUGACGACGCCAGUGUCGUAUGCAACUAUGAGGACGUGACUGGCACCCCAGUUUUCGAGAGCCAACGAGACGAAACUUUGACUUUAGAAUCCGACAUACCAGUUUAUCCCGGAAUCUCAACCAUCUUUAUCGCUGAAACAGAUUCAACUUCAAGCAUUUUGGUAGAAGCGACCAACUCUCUUACAGUCAUAUCGCCAGAUAACUCAGAAAAGGUCAUGAAAAGACUGAAUGGACUGGCCGACAAGAGUCUUGUAGGCCUUUGUAGUCUGGACAACUACAUCGGCAUCGGGGAGAACAUCAGCACAGAUGAUGACUACGCAGUUAUCAUUCAGCAUUUGAAGUCUGUGUUGCCACUUCACAUCAAACCCGUUCCCAUCCAGGGUGGCCUUGGAUCGGCGUCCAAGAUGUACGCUGUCGUAAGACUAGCCUCGCUGGUCCACAUAGUCGCAACUGCAGAAUGCUACUCUCUAGCUCGAGCGCGUGGUGUGUCCUGCCAGCUCGUCUACGACCUAAUUGCAGGUGCCGCGGGUUCGAGCACCCAGUUCAACCACUUUUACCUCGACAUGCUGCAUCAGACUACCACCGAAAAGUCACAAUCUGGGCUUGAUACUUUUGGAGAAGCGUUAGCAGAUUUGCAACACAUCAAACGUAUUAUGCGUGGUCUGAAAUUCCCAGGUCGUCUAUUGGAUGCCGCCCACCAAGUGUUUAAGGGUACUGGCGGUAGGUACAAUAUCGGCAACGCAUCAGUUGCAGCCGUUGUUGACUUCUGGGAAGGUGGCAAGGACCGUCAAUAA